UCUGGACUUCCAGUAAAUGAUGAAUAAUGCCCUUUGGCUGAAAAGAAACUAAUGAAAUGACGGACACUUAAAAAGACGCUAGCCUUGCUGUUUUGUGGAUAAAAGGGCUACUGAGACGGAAAUUUUAGAAAUAGGCUUGUGAUCAUUAUGAGUUACAGAAUGCUGUGGAUUUUUAGCUCGCUGUGUCUUUUCAUGCUACUUAAAAUCACAGAUUCACAACUCGUCUCAUGUUACUAUGAGUUUUCCAGAGAGACUGGGUCCUGUCAUAGACUCAUAGGGAACGUGACCCAAGAAGAGUGCUGUUACAACUACUACUAUGGCUUCAUAAAUGAAAAUGGGGAAUGCCAGUCCUGUCGAAAAGCCUCGUGGUCUGAAUGGUCAUCCUGGGGUCCCUGCUCUGUGUCUUGCCUAAAAGGCGUUCAGCGAAGACGGAGGCGAUGCGAUGGUAUUGGGGAAUGCAAGGAUCCCGAAUUAACUCAGCAAAUACAAGUUUGUCAAGAUCAGGACUGUUGUCCAGAGCAGGGUGGUUGGGCCGAAUGGGGAGAGUGGCAGCCGUGUUCAGUGACCUGUGCGAACGGCACUGAGAAGCGAGACAGGACCUGCUCCAACCCUCCACCCACAUGUGGAGGAGGAUGUGACGGCCUGAGCCAAGACACUCAACCUUGUCAAACAAAAAACAUCUGUCCAACGCACGGUGGCUGGGCGGAAUGGGGAGCUUGGGGUCCCUGCUCAGGGACGUGUAAGAAAGAAGGUAGUGUUCCCCCAUCAAGACAACGCCGGAGGAGCUGCACCAACCCCCCACCAUCAUCAGCACCAGCAGGACUGCCCUGUCCAGGAGAUGACGUCCAGUCUCAACAUUGUGACUAUCUGGAUAUGUGUCCCAUCGAUGGUAAGUGGGGACACUGGGGGCCUCUGUCGCAGUGCUCAGUGACUUGUGGAGUCGGCCAGAAAUUCAGUAGCCGCUCUUGUGACAACCCGGCACCCAAAUACGGCGGGAGGCCCUGCGUAGGGGACAGCAGUGCGUCUGAAAUCUGCAAAAUAGAAAACCACUGCCCACUACAUGGGGAAUGGGAAGCGUGGGGUGAGUGGAGUGCGUGUACUAAAAGCACCUACAACAGACCAAUCAGCUGUACCAAAAAAACUGGACAACAGAAGCGACGGCGGACUUGUGACAAAGAAUUUGAAGGAAAACCUUGUGAUGGGAGUAUCAUGGAACUCAGGCCCUGCUAUGACAUUACGCACACGAAGGAUCGGCCCUGUGAAAAAACUGGCAAUUAUACUGAGUGGAGUGAGUGGAGCUUCUGUAGCCCAAAAACAGGGAAACGCGAAAGAAAGCGAGUGUGUGAACUUCCGGAAUUUGAGACAAAAGGAGGCACAGAUAUUUAUUAUUAUGGGGAUCCUCCAAAAGUGUCAUGCCCGCGACUCGCCUUACCUGACAGACGACAAUCAGAAGACUGCCCUAAACCUCCUGAAGAAUGGUCCUUGAAGUAGUUUGUGUCCUAUGAGCGACUUGCCUUACCUGACAGAGGACAAGUAGAAGACUGCCCUAAACCUCCUGCAGAAUGGUCCUUGAAGUAGUUUGUGUCCUAUGAAAAACUGAAGUAAUGGUGAGGCAAGAUGGGAUUAUAUACAGUAGAUACAGAUAUCUGGGGCCACGU